AUGCAGUUAAAAUGCUCUCCUGUUCCGACCCGAUUGUAAGCAACAUUGCUAAUGCUAAGAUAAACCAAACUGUCCGACUCGAUCUAAUCCAACCCCUGCUUUAAAAUCAAAAUACCUGUCUAGCCUCCCCGAUGACCGUUUGACCAACUUACGUUAUAACAUUCAAUCAUUAUGGACCCGAGUUCGUAAAUCGACACGUAAACUUGGUGUUGAAAUUCAAUUAAAUGACAAUGGUCUCCCUAUCCUUUCCACAGAGAACUCUGGUUCUGUUCUUGCCAAAGAAGCCAGCCGUUUCCUUCAUUUUCAUGUUCAAGAUCGUUUUGCUUCCACCUUACUUGCUCUUCCUGAUCAAGGAAAAGUGGGCAGUGCGCUUACUACCGACACCUUCGCCAAUGGUUCUACCUGGCAAUAUAAUGGCUUAAACAUUCGUUUCAGAGAUUGGCGUUUCAUCCACCGUGCUCGACUUAACUGCCUCCCAGUAAAUAAUGUGAAGAGUCGUUGGUCUAAUUCCUGUCCAAAAUGUCGCCAUUGUAACUCGGAUGAGACUCUCCCUCAUGUGUUUUGCCACUGCCUUCGUAACAUGCCUAGUAUCCUGCGGAGACACAAUACCAUAGUGGACCGCAUCGUCAACGCCGUUCAAAGUGGAACUAUCACCACCGACCAACAAGUUCGCGCCCCUAAUUCUCGUCUUCGCCCAGACAUAAUUGUAGAAGAAGAUAACAAAGUGCUUAUUAUUGAUGUAUGUUGCCCCUUCGAUAAUAAUGCUGAAGCCCUGCGUGACGCUGAACAACGGAAACUGAAUAAAUAUGAAGGGCUAAACCAAUUCUUCGUUGGUCAAGGGAAGCAAUGCGAGGUCUUUGGUUUGGUGAUCGGUGCCCUUGGUUCCUGCAAUCCAGCCAAUGAAAACGUUUUACGACAACUUGGGAUGUCCAAACAAUAUCGUUCUUUGUUUAGGAAAUUGUGUUGCACUGACACAAUCCAAGGAUCAACAAACAUUUACCGGGAACAUCUUGAAAUAACAGAGGGUUCUGUGGAUGCAGAUAACUCUGAGUACCAUGCUCAAUAGAUAUUUGUAAUCAGUAUCUAAUUCACAUUCUGUGCAUAUGAAGGAACUUUACUUAUAUAUUUGGAACAUUAUAGAUUUAUAGAACUUUUAAAUUCUUAGGACAAAGAUAACUCACUUAUAUGAACUGAUCUUGAUACUAUGACCAUUAAUGGCACUAAUUGUAUAUAUUGACUAGGACUUAAGCAAGACCCAUCACCUGUAAAUUAAUUUGUAAUAAAGAAUGAAUAGUG